AUGCUGGAUACAUUUGAUUCUAAAGUGCCCGAACGACUGCGCGUACCACAACACUAUAUCGAACAUCCGCCCCGGGACGUCACGCAGAUACCCAGGUCUUGUGGUAUCUUGACCCCCGAGGAAAUUGAGAUUACAGAAAAUCGCGAUGCGGUCGGAUUAGCUGCUGCAAUCGCUGAUCGCCAGUAUGCCGCUGUCGAGGUCGUCAAAUCGUUCUCAAGGCGUACGAUCAUCUGUCAUCAGGUUACUUGUUGUUUGACGCAAUGGUUCCCUGAAGACGCUGUCAAGCAAGCUCAAGCACUGGACGAGCAUCUAGCUCGAACUGGAACGACCGUCGAACCUCUACACGGUGUGCCAAUCAGCCUCAAAGAACAUAUACCGGUCAAAGGACAAAAUACCUGUUUCGGCUUCCUGAGUAGGAACGUGACGAGUACAGAAGACUCAGAUAUGGCUGCUUUGAUGCGGAAUGCGGGCGCAGUGUUCUACGUCAAGACCAUGCAGCCGCAGGGACUAUUGCAUCUGGAGAGCGAUAAUCCUUUGGGACGUGUGCUGAACCCGUUCAAUAUCCAGUCGAUUGCAGGAGGGUCUCCCGGCGGCGAAGCUGCUCUACUUGCUCUCCGUGGCGCUGUUCUAGGCGUUGGAACAGAUCUGGGAGGCAGCAUCCGUGUACCUGCAGCUUUCUGUGGUCUAUACGGCUACAAGCCUACCGCUUACACACUGCCCAUCGCAGACUUUUUACCUGGAGCCUUUCCGCCAUUACUGAACUUGAUCCCGUCAGUUGGUCCCAUGUGCCAUUCAAUACGCGACAUGGACCUUUUCAUGCACAGCAUGCUCGAACGAGAACCAUACAUAGUGGACCCCUUGUUGGUACCACUUCCCUGGACAGGACUACAAACCCCGAAUGACACAGAGAAACUCAAGAUUGGCAUUAUGGACAUGGACAGCUUGAUAACACCCAUGCCACCAAUAACCCGCGCCAUCGCAUGGGCAAGAUCCCGACUUUCUUCCUGCGCAAACGUUGAAGUAAAGACUUUCGCGCCUUACUCAGCAGAAGGCUUUCCUCUAAUCUGCAAAAUGAUUCUUUCCGACGGCGGCAGAGGCUUCAAAGCCGCUUUGGCCGCAUCAGGCGAGCCAGAACACUACCUCUCCACCGCCGUCCUCAACACAGCCACCGACAGCAGCUCACUGGGUCAACUCGCCCAAUUACGCUGCGAUCGUGACGCCUACCGCAGGCAGAUGGCCGCUCACUGA